AUGGCUACUUUCGGAACAAUUGGUGAAUUUCGGGAGGACGAAGGGAGUUGGUCCCAGUACAUUGAACGUAUGGGGCACUACUUCGACGCCAACAGCAUCGUGGAUGGGGGACGAAAGAGAUCCAUCUUACUAAGUGUAUGUGGAGCUUCAACCUACAAGUUGAUGUCAAGUCUGACAACACCAAGAAAGCCGGGGGAAGUUGACUUCCAAGAACUUGUUAAAUUAAUGAUUGACCAUCGGGAUCCAAAGCCCUCGGUGAUUGUUCAAAGGUUCAAGUUCAACAGUCGUGCUAGGAAGCCGGAGGAAUCAAUUUCGACUUAUAUUGCAGAGCUGCGACGAGUAGCAAUCGAAUGUAAGUUUGACACCAUUUUGGAUGAAAUGUUGAGAGAUAGAAUUGUGUGUGGGGUGGCGGAUGAUCGUAUACAGAGACGAUUAUUGGCAGAGCCGACAUUAACAUUCGAGAAGGCAAAAGACAUCGCCUUGGCAAUGGAGUUGGCAGAUAAAAUUACGGCGGAUCUACGAGAACAAAAUAAGAGAAGCGACAUGGUAAACAAAAUCGCUUUUGCUGGUGGCCGUCGUAUGCCAACGCAACGCCAGUUUUCAGAGAAACAUUCUAGGUGUGGUCGAUGCGGUGAAGGACCCCGCAAACAAGGCGCGGACUGUCCGGCGAUAGAUGAAGACUGUUUCCAUUGCGGCAAAAAGGGUCACUACGUAGUGGUUUGCAAAGCCAGGGGAACGAAAAAGGACCAAAGAAAAGUCACUUAUCAGCAGCGGGAACAGGCCAGUUCCAACAAGUCCCGCACCUAUCAAAUAGCAGAGGAGGAAGAGGAGGAGGAAAGCGAAACAUACGGGUUGUUUCAACAUUCCGUGAAUAAAGCAAAACCUCCGCCGUACAUGACGAAACUUUCUGUGAAAGGAAAGGAAGUUAACUUCCAAGUAGAUACUGGCUCAGCGGUUACCAUAAUUAACGAAGAAACGUGGCUCUCACACUGGAGUGAGAAGGACAGACCCAUUCUCAAUGACUCAACAAUCCGCCUACGCACUUACACCAAACAUUUAGUCGAUAUUGUUGGGGAAUAUGAAGUCACCGUUUGCUAUGAAAACCAGACGGUACGCGUGUUGCUAAUCGUGGCGAGAGGGGGUGGGCCAAACCUCAUGGGACGAGAUUGGCUAGACGUCAUUAGGUUGAACUGGAGAGAAAUCUACUUGGUCAAAGUCGAAAAUGACGUCUCGAGUUUGAUGGCAGACUACAAGGAGUUGUUCGCACCAGAACUCGGGAAGUUGAAAGGUGUGGAAGUUGACCUGGAUAUCGACGAAGAAGCUUCGCCGAGAUUCCUAAAGGCCCGACCAGUGCCGUUCGCACUGCGAAAUAGGCUGGAUGAGGAACUGGAUCGCCUACUAGCGAAUGACAUCAUAGAACCAGUUCAAUAUUCGAACUGGGCGGCUCCAAUAGUUCCUGUAGUAAAAGGAGACGGAUCAAUCAGGGUUUGUGGCGACUACAAAACAGCCGCUCGUUCCGACACCUAUCCUAUACCUCGAGUAGAGGAGCUGUUUGCAAGGCUCGCAAACGGAAAGCAAUUCUCAAAACUGGACCUCUCACACGCAUAUCAACAAUUGGUCCUGUCGGAGAAAUCGAGGGAGUUGGUGACCAUCAAUACCUCAGCGGACUAUGGAAUCGGUGCUGGCUGGCAUUCCAGGCGUGGCAGUUUACUUAGAUGA